AUGUGGUUGUUCACUAGUUGAAAUGAGCAAAUCUCAAGAUAGAUAGACUUAGUUUAAAACAAAAGAAGAAUCACUGCAUGCAAUUCGGUAUUAACAAAUUGAGUUUGAAGUAUUCACAAUUGGAUGUUAACCGAUGUUAUGCUGCCGAGAAACAUAAACAGGAUAUACAUCUCUCCAUGUUUUCAAGCAAGAGAUCAAACAAAGAGAUUGACUUUAAUUGUUCUUCUGGCUGUCUUGAUGGUGGCGUUCCUCACUUUAAUUAUCACAGGUCUUCUUACCCUCACCACCUACAACGGAGAAGUAAAAGGAGAAAGUAGCUUUAGUCCCAAUUCUCUGCAUUAUGGCAUUGUCAUUGACUGUGGAAGCAGUGGCAGUAGAAUUUAUGUUUACUUUUGGCCUCCGCAUUCUGGGAAUCCUCAAGAUCUUCUUAACAUUCAGCAGCUGUUGGAUGAUGAACAUAAACCUGUGGUAAAAAAGAUAUCUCCAGGCUUGUCAGAAUAUGAAUCUCAUCCAGAAGAUGCUAGUGAGCACAUAAAGCAGCUGCUUCUCUUUGCCCAAGACUAUAUUCCAAAAUCCAAGCACAAAGAAACACCACUGUACAUCCUUGCAACAGCUGGCAUGAGAAUGAUCCCUAAGGAAGCACAAGAUGCCAUAAUGCAAGAUUUACACCAAGACGUCACUCAAGAAUUUGAUUUUCAAGUGGCAGAGAACCACUUUGAGGUGAUAAGUGGGAAAACAGAAGGAGUUUAUGCCUGGAUUGCAGUUAAUUAUGCUCUUGACAGAUUUUCUCAUUCCACCAACCCAGACCAGUUAAUUAGCAUAAAACUGACUGAUGGAAAUUUCCAUACUCGCAGCCGAACCGUGGGUAUGAUUGACAUGGGUGGUGGUUCUGUUCAGAUUGCCUUUGAGGUCACCGAUGAGGAACAAAUAAAGGACAUUCCUAAAGAGCUCAUGGCUGAAUUUAGCCUUGGGUGUCAGGAUUCAGAUAUUGAACACACUUACCGGGUUUAUGUAACUACCUUUCUUGAAUAUGGAGCCAACUCUGCUAUUGAGAGAUACCAAAAUGGGUUGUUGGAGAAUUCCAGCAGCACAGAAAAGGCUAGGGUCAGCAAGAAAAAGAAAAUGAUUCCAGAUCCAUGUCUGCCACCUGGCAUGCCUCUUACUGUAGAAACUGAACAAGGAGAAUCUCAGCUUUUAGUUGGGUCAGGAAAUUAUGUGGAGUGCAAGACAAGAUUGGAAUUCUUGCUUAACCUUACUGUGCCAUGUCAGUUCAAACCUUGUUCAAUGAAUGGUGUUCAUCAGCCACCAAUAGACUUUGCACAGUCAUCUUUUUAUGGUUUUUCUGAGUUUUGGUACACCAUGGAGGAUGUUUACCGCAUGGGUGGUCUAUACAAAUUCUCUUCUUUUGAAAAAAGGCCCAGGUGAGAAUUUUGCUCAACAAAGUGGAAUCAGCUAAAACAGUGGUAUGACCAGAAGUUUUACCCGAAGGCAGAUGACCAUCGGUUCAAGUAUGAAUGCAUUAAGUCAGCCUGGAUGUCCAUAGUGCUUCACAAGGGCUUCAGGUUUCCCGAGUCUUUUUCACGCUUCCAGUCUGCACAGCUGAUUAGUGAUAAAGAUGUCCAGUGGACACUUGGAGCUCUUAUUUAUCGUACACGUUUCCUCCCCUUAAGGGAUAUAAAGCAUUCCAUGCAAACCUACCCAGCAGCCCCUUCAAAGGCACGCUUGUUCUACAAUGAGUAUCUAAUUGUAGUUUGUUUCAUUGUUGUACUUGCGGCCAUAUUCCUUUACAUGAAACGCUUACGCCUUUGCCCCAGAUCUGCAGCAAUAUCUCGUGUACCUUCGAUGUCCUACUUCAUGACUGAGGAGAACCAGAUGGAACAAGGGGUGCAUUACGUGAAAGGACACGGAUACUUAUGACAUCUGUGAAAUAUAGAAGAAAGUGGGUAGGACUGUUUGAAAAGAUAUUUAUAUCAGCAAGUAAAUGGUUUUGCAACUCUAGAUUAGUCUUGAGUUUAUGUUUCUAGUUUGACUAUUAAUAAUUGUCAAGUGCUUGAAAUGAUUGAGUUGACUAUAAGCUCCUUACACCUAGCUAUUUAGAUGUACAGCGUUCAGCCUGUGGGAAUCAAAACUUUAACUGCAAUAGUAACUAAUUUUUAUAGUGAACAUCAAUGCAUAUUCUUCUUAAGUGAUGCAUUUAUGGGGGUUAUUGUUUUGGUGAUUAAUAUGUUUAAUAUUAGUAUCAUGUCAUAUCCUGGGUUUUGUCACAUGUUUCCCUUUGCAAUUUUGAGAAUCCAAGCAUUAUUGAAUGAGAAUAAGACGACAUUUAUUUUUGUUUGUUAAUUGAGUAUUCGCCUUCUGGCAGCUAUCUAUAUUUCAAACAAAUAUGUAUUAAAGACUAACACCAUCUAGCAUUUACGAAGUCUGAAAAACAGUAUUUCAAAACUAACUUGAAAAAAUGGAGAAAAGAUUUUUUAAAUCUUCUGCUUAAGCAAAGGUGGGUUGUUGUUUUUUUAUGUUUUGAAUGAAUACUAUUUUUAGAUUUGUAUGAUUAAUCAUGUUUUUUAUGAUGGUGUUUUAUGAUUUAAAAUAAGAUUUUGUUAUAGAGAAUUUUUUUUAAGGAAAAUGACUUGUUUCUCAGUUGUGUAUUAUCUUUAGUCUGCAGGCCUUAAUGUGCUGUGAUGCUUAUUGCACUUUAUUUUAGUAGCUGUGAUGAUUUACUUCUAGGUUUUGCUGUGACCUGUUUGUUUUGUAAAUCAAAAUCAAUACUGGUUGAGCAGAAGACUAAACCAGAGCAGGUCCUCAUUAGCCUUGCUGUCAAAUUAGGGACCAAUGCUAGACUGACAGAACGCUGACAGUGCUAGAGAUGUACGAGUAGGAACAUUUGUUCAUUAUUUAAAUCAAAGAGCAUUUGAUGCUGUAUUUUUUUGUAUACAGUAUCCUGUACAGCUGAUUAAACUCUAUAGCUGUAUUUGUGAAAGUUGCUGGAGACAGAUUGUUGAACUUUAUAGUUGUAUUUGGAUGGAGGUUGAUAGAGACAGGUGGCUGAAAGCUGGAGGAUGGUGCUGUACUUUGCUUUAACUAUGAAUCAGAGGAGAGGAAUGAAUGGUGUUUAAAAUGUAGAUUUUGUCUCAUCAAACUUUGAGUACAGUGUUUUGUCGUAUGGACUAGAAUUCUGAAUGCAGAAUGUGUCUAUGUAAAUGAAUAUUCCUAUGGACUAGAAUUCUAAAUGCAGAGUAUGUCUGUAUAAAUGAAUAUGGGUGAAUAAAUAGCAAGAAACAGAGAUGUGGGAAAAAUUGUGCAAAAGAAGUAAUCUCAUCAAACUGAUAUUUGACUUUCUUUUUGGAGGUGGGAGGUGAGAUCAGACUGCAAUAACUGUGAUUGCAUACUACAGAAUCAAGUCCGGUGCCUGGAUUGUACUUUUUUUCUGCAUGCCAUGGCAAGAAUUCACCAGACUUUGGCUGAUGGAAAUGCAGAUGAAGUGAGCAUUGGGACAACAUGUAAAAUUGGUUUCAAUGUAAUUGACCAUCGAAGUUAUAGCCAGUCAUCGGAUCAGUUGGUAAUCAGUCUAAUAUACUGCCAUAAUGUUGAUAAUGUCAAAGGGCAUGAUGUUUAGAGGAAUCGGCAUAUGUAGGCAUGCUUGUAUUGGGAAUGUUCCUCUAAUGUCAUUGGUUAUUAGUGGUACAUAAGAGAAAAAUGGGAAAUACAAUCUGGAAUUUUCA